AUGUGUGUCUUCUUUCUUCCAGGUGUUUCAGAUUCCUGUUCAUCACACCUCUCCAUUACUGGCCCAAAAAAGAUUCAAGCACUUAAUGGAUCUUGUUUGAUAAUCUCAUGUGAAUUUGAACCUAAAAAAGGGGAAGCUUCUUUUGACAUCAAAAGAGAAAGCUUUGGCAUUUGGCUGAAAACUGAGACAGCUAUCUUUAACAGCAGCGGGUCACUAACUAUCUAUCGAAUGAAUAUUACCGGAAACCUUACGGAAAAGAACUGCACCACUCUAUUUUCAGAUGUAAACACCAGCCAUCAAGACACAUACUACUUCAGAAUAAUGAACUGGCCGUUCAGAGCAACAGCUAGUUGUGAUCCUCUUCAAAUAAUAGUUAAGGAUUCCCCUUGGAGUCCCAGCAUUAACAUCCCUGAUGAUCUGAAGGAGCAUCAGUCUGUCACUAUCAGCUGCUCAGCUUUGACUCCCUGUCCACACUCACCUCCUGAACUCACCUGGAAUCUCCAACAAGUCUCUCACAGACACACAGAGAAAAACACAGAUGGAACCUUUACAACUAAAAUCCAGGAGACCAUCACUCUGUCAGACACACAUGAUGGAUACAACAUCAGCUGUUCUGCCACAUAACCUCUGAAUGGAGGAAGCAAGACAGCAGAGACAGAAGUGACUCUCAGUGUUUCAUAUGCUCCUAAAGACACCUCAGCAUCCAUCAGUCCAUCAGGUUUGGUGUCAGCAGGUAGCUGGGUGGAGCUGAGCUGCUCCAGCAGAGCCAAGCCUCCUGCCAGCUUCACCUGGUUCAGGAACAGCAAACAUGGAGCCAUUAAUGUAUCUGUGGGGCAGGCUUACAGCUUCAAUGCUACUGAGGGAGGAGAGUAUUACUGUGUGGCUACAAACGAUCUGGGUGAUCAGAGAUCAGUGGUCCUUCUUCGGUUUAAAGGUAUAUUGAAUGGACCUAUUUUCUGGUUGGUAACUGCAUUAGCCAUUGGGUUCCUGGUUAUCAUUUUCCUGGUUGUUUUUGUUAGGUGUUUUGAGACCAAACAGCCAACUCUUCAACAAGCUCAGGCUCCAACAGGUGAGGAGUCUAUUGCCCAAACACCAUCUGAGGUAGAGGAAGAACUCCAUUAUGGAGAAGUGGCUUUCUUCAAGAGGAAACCCAAAACUUCCUCCAUCUCAGUGCAGGACUGCGAACAGGAAGAGAUGCUUUACUCACAAAUGGAGGACUACCAGGGUCUGGUGGCAGCUCUGUCUGAGAACGUGCUGACCAUCAACAUGUUACUGAGUGUCUUCUUUCUUCCAGGAAUAUAUACUGAUUAUUGUGGUCAGGCAAAAGCACAUGUCUCCAUUACUACACCAACGCAGUUUAAAGCACUGAGUGGAUCUUGCCUGGAAGUACCGUGUAGCUUCACAGCUGAAAGUGGAAGCACAGUAUUUGACAGCAGAAUAAAAACCUCUGGAGCAUGGAUUCGAAGUGAUAAGUAUCUGUUGGACAUCAGUUAUGGAGUUAACACCUAUCCAAUAGAAAUUACAGGAAAGCUGAGUCAGAAAAACUGCACCACUCUGUUUUCUGAUCUAACUACAAGUCAAGAGGUCAAAUACUUCCUCAGAAUCGAGAACGGAGGCUACAAAGCAACUGCGUGUUCUAAUCCGCUGCAGAUAACAGUGGAAGAUUCUCCUUGGAGUCCCAGCAUUAACACCCCUGCUGAUCUGAAGGAGCAUCAGUCUGUCACUAUCAGCUGCUCAGCUUUGACUCCCUGUCCACACUCACCUCCUGAACUCACCUGGAAUCUCCAACAAGACUCUCACAGACAAACAGAGAACAACACAGAGGGAACCUUUACAACUAAAAUCCAGGAGACCAUCACUCUGUCAGACACACAUGAUGGAUACAACAUCAGCUGUUCUGCCACAUAUCCUGUGAAUGGAGGAAGCAAGACAGCAGAGACAGAAGUGACUCUCAGUGUUUCAUAUGCUCCUAAAGACACCUCAGCAUCCAUCAGUCCAUCAGGUUUGGUGUCAGCAGGUAGCUGGGUCGAGCUGAGCUGCUCCAGCAGAGCCAAGCCUCCUGCCAGCUUCACCUGGUUCAGGAACAGCAAACAUGGAGCCAUUAAUGUAUCUGUGGGGCAGGUUUACAGCUUCAAUGCUACUGAGGGAGGAGAGUAUUACUGUGAGGCUACAAAUGAGCUGGGUCAUCAGACCUCAUCUGUGAUUCUUGUUGGUACUGAAGGUAAUUAA